UCUGUGCACUUUAACCUCUUCUCUCUUUGGCAAAUAUUUGCCUUGUUUCUACCCUAAAGUAGUCUGAGCGUUGCUUUUGAAGAGGGAAGAUGUCCAGAAAUCACAGGCUGCUGGUGAAAAAUGCCAAGCAGGUUGUUUUAAUCUGCAACAACGGGGAGAAAUUCCUGACCAGGCCUGGGAUGAACAACCUGAGUGUGAUCGAAAACGCCAGCGUUGUCGUUGGCAGUGAUGGUCUGAUUAAAGCUGUGGGUCCUGCAGAAACCAUCAGCGCUCGGUACUCUGAGUCCUCCUUCGAUAACGUGAUUGAUGCAGCAGGGAUGUGUGUUCUUCCUGGGCUUGUUGAUGCUCACACUCAUCCAGUCUGGGCUGGAGACAGAGUUCAUGAAUUUGUAAUGAAGCUAGCCGGAGCCAGCUACAUGGAGGUGCACCGCGCCGGAGGAGGGAUCCACUACACGGUGGAGCACACUCGGGCCGCCGCCGCCUCCGACCUGCUGUCCUCCCUGAGGAACCGGCUGCAGCGGAUGCAGCGAGCCGGAACCACUCUGGUGGAGUGCAAGAGCGGAUACGGCCUGGAACUCCAGACGGAGCUGAAGAUGCUGGAGGUGAUCGAGGAAGCGAGCAGGUCGCUUCCCAUCAGCAUCUCCUCCACCUACUGUGGAGCCCACGCUGUGCCCAAAGGGAAGACGGUGGCAGAAGCCACAGAGGACGUCCUGCAGGUCCAGCUGCCUGCGCUGAAGGAUCUGAUGUCGGCCGGGAGGCUGAAGGUCCAAAACAUCGACGUUUUCUGUGAACAGGGAGUUUUUGAUCUGGACUCGACGCGCGCCGUCCUGCUGGCUGGGAAAGAAAUGGGGCUCAACAUCAAUUUCCAUGGAGACGAGCUGCAUCCCAUGAACGCUGCAAAGAUGGGAGCGGACCUCGGAGCGUUGGCCAUCAGCCAUCUUGAGGAGGUCACCGACGAAGGGAUCGUCGCCAUGGCGCAAUCGAAAACCGCCGCCGUCCUCCUGCCGACCACGGCUUACAUCCUACGGCUGCCGCAGCCUCGGGCCAGAGACAUGCUGGAGGCCGGCGUGAUCGUCGCCCUCGGCAGCGACUUCAACCCCAACGCUUACUGCUGCUCCAUGCCGGUCGUGAUGCAUCUGGCCUGCGUCAACAUGAGGAUGUCCAUGACUGAGGCUCUGGCUGCCGCCACCAUCAACGCCGCGUACGCGCUCGGCCGCUCCCACACGCACGGAUCCCUGGAGGUGAACAAACACGGAGACCUGCUGGUCCUGAACGCAACACGGUGGGAGCACCUGAUUUACCAGCUGGGCGGCCAUCAGGAGCUCAUCCGCUAUGUCGUCAUCAGAGGAAAUAUUGUGUACGAUAAUGACAAAACCCUUGACCUCUGACCCCGAAGGAACUCCCAGCAGAGGUGAAUUGGGUCUGGAUCUACAUCCAUGUUGUGCUGCUGGAACAUGAUUUAAACGUCCCAGUUCUGAAAAGUUCCAUAUUUCCAGACUAUGAAUCACUUUUUUCAUCAAAAUGUUCCUGAUAAAGCAUCGUCAAUAAAAACAUCCAUGCUUCUUGUA